CAUAAUCAAGCGUGGAUUAAACAAAAAAUAAAUGAAAUUUGAAGAACGAAAGUACGUCAGAUUCAAAGUUUUAAAUUUCUUCAUUCAAAUUGUUUUUUUUAUUCUCUUCUUUAUUUUAAAAAAAUCUUAAAAUCGAAUUAUGUUGUAUUCGAUCCAACUUGGAUUUGUUGGAUCGGAUCAUUGGCCACAUGCCACGUGACUCCGGAUUAUCCUCCAGAAUCAGAUGCUCUUUGUCUUAAAAUAAAAAACAGAAUCAGAUGCUGAUGGGUUACCUUUGCGUCGCGUGAAAGAUUUGUGCAUUCUCAAAUCCAUCGCCAAUCUUCCCGGACAGGACGAUUAUUUCCUCUCCAUUUCUGCCAAUCUGCAAUCCCGAAAAGUUCAUCGUUCUUUAUUCUUCUUGUUCAUCCGCAAAAUUUCGAUCAAUUCUUCUGCUAGCCAGCUAGCUGGUUGUUGCUGUUCCUUCCGCCCUCGUCCUCGCCGCUGCGAUCGGGCGACUUGCGAUUUGGUGCGAGUCAUAAUAGAAGUAAGCUUUUGACGGUGAGUCGCUUCUGCUCUUCCUUCUUGUUCAGUUUAGAUCCAGCACUCGAGGAUAAUUGGAAAUUGCUUGAACCCAUUACCCGUAGUAGGUGUUCGACUUCAUUUCCUGGUUAUUCUGCAUUUGUGGAUGAUCUGUUAGAGUUCAAUUCUCCAUGGGUGCUAGGUUUCAAUGGUUUCCCUUGCUUGCUGAUUGAUGAUGAUCCCGUUUCGUAUUCAUGAGCUGAUGGCGAUACUUCAUUGGUGGUUAUUGUUUAGAAUGAGUUGAAUCGACUUUGAAUCAUUUCUGUGCUUUAGCUUCAUGAUGUCGUCAUCUGAAUUGUAGAUUGCUCAAAUAUUCCAGUUAUCUGGGUAUUUGACAUGAUUCCUUCUUAUGUUGAACGUGGAAUCAUUCAUCUUCUCUUGGAUGAUGAAUUGUUUCUUGAACAUGGACAUGAUCCCCUCUCAUAUAUGCUGUUGAUUUGAAGGUUCAUUUAUUGAAAGAUUUGUUUUUCUCUAUAUUAUGACAUCCAUUAUGUUCUCUAUAUGUCCUAAGCCCUUGCCACUUUUCAAAAUUUUCAUUCUUUCGCAUUCUCCGAGCUCUUUCUCUGAAUGAUCUUUUACAUAAUCGGCUUCACACGAAGGUCCAUGUAUUUUUAAGUUCCGUUAAAUGCGUAUGUAGGUUAAGUUUGGACAUGGCAAAGAGUGGUAGAUCACAACGUAGGGCUUCUUUCAGACAGUACAGGAUGGUUCCGUAUCAGUUGCCGAAUUGUGAUGCUCACAAUGCAGAGCAAUGCUGCCGAGAUAAUAAUGGAUCCAAUGGAUUAUUCGACAAGAAGGACUGGGAAGAAGCGACUUGCUCUGUUUGCAUGGAGUGCCCACACAAUGCAGUUCUGUUGCUGUGCUCCUCUCACGACAAGGGUUGUCGUCCCUAUAUGUGUAAGACUAGCUUCCGUUACUCGAAUUGUCUGAACCAAUACAAGAAAGCAUACACGAAUAGCGACGUAGAGAAGUGUGAGAUCUUGGAGCUUGCCUGCCCUCUUUGCAGGGGCCAAGUGAAAGGCUGGACUGUGGUAGAGCCUGCACGCCAAUAUCUGAACUCCAAGGAAAGAAGCUGCAUGCAAGACGAUUGUUCAUUUGUUGGCACUUACAAGGAGUUGAGGAAGCACAUGAAGGGGGUUCACCCUUCUGCAGCACCACGUGGAGUAGAUCCUCUGUUGGAACAGAAGUGGCGGAGGCUGGAGAGGGACCGUGAGCAUGACGAUGUCAUCAGCACGAUAAGAUCUACGAUGCCCGGGUCGUUGGUUUUUGGGGAUUACGUGAUUGAGAGGAACCACGGUGGUGGUGACUACUUGGAUUCAGAUGAUGAUGAUGAUGAAAAUGAAGAUGUGGAUUUUGAAGUUGAGGCUGCAAACAGGAGUAGAGGAGAAGGAUUUGUAGGUUUUGAUAGGAAUCUGGUGAAUGUGGUUAUGCUGUUGCGCGCCUUUGGUUCUUCUCGUGAUGAGUUCAGCAGACGGCUUCCACAGCCGGUGGGGAUGCCCGAUCCCCACACCUCUCGAGUUGGUGGAUUGGCUUCCUUUGAUGUAGACAUUGACCAUUAUCAUGGCUACGAUGAGAUGGCAGACGACGACGGUGGUGGUGGCAUGUCAUCACUUGUUUCUCACCGUUCAGGUAGACGACGACCUAGGCGUAGGGACAUGGACAGAGGUAGCAGAUGACAAGCCGGUUUCAUGCCAUUUUAAGCAGGAAUAUAUUGCAGGUGAACACUGAACAUCACCUUCUUAGGGAAGGAGGGAUUAGGGAGUGAUAUCACAAUUGUUACAUUUAGAGAAGUUCUUGAUCAACAAUGAACUUCUCCUUCUUUUGCUUUGUAUCUGUAAUUUCCUUCUUCAUAUGCUCAACUGAAGCUGAAGUUCUUGAUCAGCACAACAGUUGACUUUUCUUCUUAAUUGGAAAUGGCUGAAUGAAGCUACUGAUUAAUUAAAAAAUGUAUAGCUCAUGGUUUGCGAACACGGAUUGGAUCGGUGGUAAUACUAUUGGUUUUGAACUUGGAGGUCUAGGCUAAUAACGGGUAGCAAAAUUCAUGGUGCACUGGUUGCUGCGGCCUUCGAUCCAGAACCUAAAAAAAUAUCUAUGUGAAAGGGGUGGGCAUCAGUUUCUUCGAUCCAGAUCGAACCAAAUCGAGUUGAGAUAGGAUCGGAUCAAAAAUAAAGAAAAAAAUAAGGAUCAGAACCGGACCAAAAGCAUAUUUGAUGGUUUUGGUUCAAUUUGAUCCGGUCCGGUCUAAAUUCACUUUCGAUCAAUUUUUUCUUCAUACUUAAAAUACUUAUGGAUCGAAACCGAAUAAAAAUAUAUUCGAUCU